CGAGCUGCAAGGACAUCAUUUCUCUCCAUCAGGAAUUUGCGGCCAUCAACCUUCGCAAAUUUGAAUCCUAUUUUCAGGAGAACCUUGCGAAGGGAAUUUUCGCAGCCACUGUAGCCGAUUUGUUCACGGAGUUCUUCUUUUAUCUUGUAAAUAGUUGGAAUUUCCUUCCUCUCAUAAAACGCCAGUACAGUUCUUCUUAAUAAGCGCUUAUCAAAGUCAUCAAAGUCAGUAACAGGUGCAGCACGAUGUUUCUUCUUUGGUGAGCGGAAGGUUGGUGUGUCUGGUUCAGCUUCCGUGUUCAACAUUUGAUUGUGUGCAGAACAAAUCCUUCGUACAGUUCUUUCGCUGGUUUUGGUGGCCAUAGCAGUUCUUGUAAGUGCAUGUGAAGGUGGGAGUAUAGGAGCUCCGUUGGCUUUUUCUUCCAAGAAGUACCUAUUAACAUUAAAAAUGACUUUCCUGGCUUGGCUAUGAAGGUGGCCAUAUGGCGAGGUUGGGGCACGGGCAUCCAUGGCGAGUGCGUGCGUGCGUCCGUCUGUCAUCGAUUCUCAAUGCAGACUGACGUCCUUGAGCGAGGGUGGUCCUGGGCGGUGGGCGGAGUCAGAAGAGCGGCAAUGUCGCUCACGUCCGCUGAUAUGCCAAGUUUACUAUUUGAGGAAACGAGACCUUUGUAUAGAAAACAUUGUUUUGAUAUUUAUCUCAGUGGUGGUGGGUGACAAAAAAUCAUAACAAUGAGAGAGCCACAAGGGUUAAGGAGGUGAAUCGGGGUUACAAGAAGGAGUAGACAGUGUUAUAAUCUAUAACAAAUUACUUGUAGCACCACUGGGGGAAUCCCCGAGCUCCGCCUCACCGGCCAAUAUUCGGUGCGGCGAGUAUAACAGAAUCUCAUGGCGUCCCGAAGGAAGGUUAGAAGUUGCACGUGUAAACAUUGACCAAAAAACACCAAAAUUCACAUGAACGCGGCGCCCACACCAAAAUUACUAGUAGAAGUGAGGGAAAGGAAGUCAAGGCACUUGCUGUGAGAGAGAGGGGAGACCUGUGCAUCGCUGUGCUGCACUGUGCUUAGAUGUCCCUGGUUCACUCCUGAGGCUGUACCAUUCUUGCCCCUAUUAUCAGGCCAGCAUCCAGGCCGCUGCCCUGCCUGGCACUGACGGCUGUCUGGCCUCCCUGAGGGUCCCUGCAGGACUGGACGCGGCGUGUGCUGGCGGGAGUGGUGCUGCGGUGGAGGUCGUGAGGCCGGGCAGCAGCAUGAGCGGCCGGCGGCAGCGGCAACAGCGGCAGCAGCAGCAGCAGCCAGCCUCAGGUGUGGGGAGGCGCAGGUGUGGUGGCAAGAAUCACCUGGAGGCAGGCAGCUCUGUCCACAGAGGAGAGAGCAAGUUUGAGUGCCAGCAGUGUGACAAAACUUUUGUAUCCAGACAAGGCCUUGACUACCACACCCUGACACGCAGUGGUGUUAGAAAUUAUGAGUGUGGUGAGUGUGGCAAGUAAUUUACCCACAAGUCUCACCUCACCACACACCCUGACACACAGUGGUGUUAGAAAUUAUGAGUGUGAUGAGUGUGGCAAGAAAUUUACCAACAAGUCUAACCUCACCACACACCCUGACACACAGUGGUGUUAGAAAUUAUGAGUGUGAUGAGUGUGGCAAGAAAUUUACCCGCAAGUCUUCCCUCACCACACACACCCUGACACACAGUGGUGUUAGAAAUUAUGAGUGUGAUGAGUGUGGGAAGAAAUUUGCCCGCAAGUUUUCCCUCAACACACACACCCUGACACACAGUGGUGUUAGAAAUUAUGAGUGUGAUGAGUGUGGCAAAAGAUUUACCCACAAGUCUUCCCUCAACACACACACCCUGACACACAGUGGUGUUAGAAAUUAUGAGUGUGAUGAGUGUGGAAAGAAAUUUGCCCUCAAGUCUAACCUCACCAGACACACCCUGACACACAGUGGUGUUAGAAAUUAUGAGUGUGGUGAGUGUGGCAAGAAAUUUACCCACAAGUCUUACCUCACCAGACACACCCUGACACACAGUGGUGUUAGAAAUUAUGAGUGUGAUGAGUGUGGCAAGAAAUUUACCCGCAAGUCUAACCUCACCACACACACCCUGACACACAGUGGUGUUAGAAAUUAUGAGUGUGAUGAGUGUGGCAAGAAAUUUACCCACAAGUCUCACCUCACCAGACACACCCUGACACACAGUGGUGUUAGAAAUUAUGAGUGUGGUGAGUGUGGCAAGAAAUUUACCCACAAGUCUAACCUCACCAAACACACCCUGACACACAGUGGUGUUAGAAAUUAUGAGUGUGAUGAGUGUGGCAAGAAAUUUACCCACAAGUCUUACCUUACCACACACACCCUGACACACAGUGGUGUUAGAAAUUAUGAGUGUGAUGAGUGUGGCAAGAAAUUUACCCUUAAGUCUUCCCUCACCACACACACCCUGACACACAGUGGUGUUAGAAAUUAUGAGUGUGAUGAGUGUGGCAAAAGAUUUACCACCAUUUCUCAUCUCAAUCGACACGCCUUCAGACACACUGGGGUGAGGGAGUUCGAGUGUGAUGUUUGUGGCAAGUGUUUCAAGACAAAGGCUGAUAUUGCCCAGCACAUGAAGAUCCACUUCUGAGGUGGUGGUGUGUGGACACAUGGGGCCACACCUGUACCUGUGGUGGUGGUGGUGGUGGUGGUGGUGGCCGUGCCUGUGUGUGCUGUGAGGGAGUCAUGGCCCCAGCAGUUCUGUGUGGUGGUGGUGGUGGUGGUGUGGGGGAGUCAUGGCCCCAGCAGUUUUGUGUGGUGGUGGUGGUGGUGGUGUGGGGGAGUCAUGGCCCCAGUAUUUGUUUUGUUGGCAGUGCAGGUGUGACUUUCAAUAAACAUGUGUGUGCAGUAAA